CCGGCGCUGGAGGAGGCGCUGCGCGGCCGAGCACUGCUCCCGGGACUCCCGGAGAACAAGAGAAGCAGAAGUGACGCCCGCGGUGACGCAUCGGUUGCUACGGCUGCGGAUUAUGUUGCACACAUCCGGGGUGUCCGUGGCUCGUGCGCUCGCGUGUGUUUGUAAAGCACUUGUGUCCACAGGCGCGCAGUAACGCGCGCGGCGAUGAGAGCGUCUCUCCAGUGAUCAUGGCGGAUGACAGCGAGUGGGUGCUGGAGAGCAUCGCGGGCUUCCUGAGCAGCCCAGACUGGCUCAUCCCGAUGGCACACUUCAUGGACAACAAGUGCUCAGUGUUUGAUGAUGAGGAUGAGAAUAAGCUGUCAUACACAGAGAUCCAUCAUCAGUACAAGCAGCUGGUGGAGCGUCUGCUGGAGAACCACAUGCAGGAGGUGGGCAUCAGUGAGCAGCAGUUCCUGGACGCCUGCUCGUCUCUCAGCAAGACCAGGACCCUGCAGACUGUUUUCCAGCCGGUUCUCGCUACAGAUGAUUUUCAGAUGUUUCGCUCUCUGAUGAUCCAGAAGAACAUGGAGCUGCAGCUGCAGGCGCUGCGUGUCAUCAAGGAGAGAAACGGAGGACUCCCCGAGUGUCUGACAGACGGUGUGGACGUCGUGAGUGAACUGGAGCAGCAGGAACUGAAGAUUCUUCAGGAGGUUCUCAAGAGGUCGAAGGAGGAGUAUGAUCUGGAGAUGGCACACAGGGUACAGGAGAAGGAGGAGCAGGCCUCCACCUCCAGCAGUCUGUCUGAGACCCCGCUGUGUGAGACUACCAACGGCACCACGGACCCCCAAGAGCUGAAGAUCCAGGAGCCGGAGUCUGCAGCCACACCGGCAUGUCAAAGUAAAGCUCUUCCUGCAGUGAAGGCUCCUGUCAAGGGUUCAGUGUCUGCUGAACACACACCGAGCCCAGAGAGUGUGAGAGAUGAGGACACACCGAGAGACAGCAGAGCGCUCGCUGAGGAGCAGGCGUUACAGCAGCGCUCGGAGUAUCUGAAGCAGCAGAGAGAUAAACUCCAGGCACUGAAGAGAGAUCAGAGCCAGAAGAGCCCGGCUGAGGCUCCUCCUGCGGCCCCGGGGCCCAAACACACUGCACAGGAAAUAUCUGUAGAAGAGAAGAAGAAAUUGCAGAAGAGAAAGCAUCUGGCCGAGAAGCUGAAAGAAGAAGUGAUCAAGAAAUGAAGCGGAGGAUCUGCACACUGAAGCAGAGCGGGAUCAGCAGCGUUGUGUUCAUAACUGAUAUCUGUUCUGUUCCUGUAGUUCUGCUACACCAGCAUUAGAUGAUCUCACACAGCUUCUGUAGUAAAGAACAGACAUGACCACACACACGCGUGUCCAUCUCCUCACAUGAUCACACACACGCGUGUCCAUCUCCUCACAUGAUCACACACACGCGUGUCCAUCUCCUCACAUGAUCACACACACGCGUGUCCAUCUCCUCACAUGAUCACACACACACGCGUGUCCAUCUCCUCACAUGAUCACACACACACGCGUGUCCAUCUCCUCACAUGACCACACACACACACGCGUGUCCAUCUCCUCACAUGAUCACACACACGCGUGUCCAUCUCCUCACAUGACCACACACACGCGUGUCCAUCUCCUCACAUGAUCACACACACGCGUGUCCAUCUCCUCACAUGAUCACACACACGCGUGUCCAUCUCCUCACAUGACCACACACACACGCGUGUCCAUCUCUUCACAUGACCACACACACACGCGUGUCCAUCUCCUCACAUGACCACACACACACGCGUGUCCAUCUCCUCACAUGAUCACACACACACGCGUGUCCAUCUCCUCACAUGAUCACACACACGCGUGUCCAUCUCCUCACAUGAUCACACACACGCGUGUCCAUCUCCUCACAUGACCACACACACGCGUGUGUCCAUCUCCUCACAUGAUCAGUCCCCAUGUCUGUUUCUUCUCUGUGCUGAGUUAUUGUUAUGCAUUAUUGGGACACUAUACUAUACAUAUACUCAUAUAUGCUCAUAUUUUACUCUGUAAUUUCAUGAUGUGUGGACAGAUGUUUUAUGAAAUUCCCAAAUAAAGUAUCAUUUUUAGUCAUCAGAAAGAAA